AUGGCUGCCACCACAGCGGAAGCAACCGCAGGAGUACCAUCUGAUCAGCAAGAAGAAGAACAACAACACGAAGACCAAGAGGAUACUGAUGAUGAUGAUGUCGAUGACGGUGAACCGAGAGAUCGAGCCAAGCCGGGCAAGAAGCCCAACAAAAAACCAGCGAAAAAGCCAAGUCCCCAAGAACUCAAACUCAAAAAGGAGUUUAUGCUGAUUGACGUAAACAAUAGUGGCUUUAUCGACAAGGCUGAUUUGGUCAAAGCAACGGGUGGUUAUUUACCGGAAUCCUUCUUUACAAAUGCCAUCAAGCUCAUGGAUACCAACAGGGAUGGAAAAAUUAGCUUUGAAGAAUACAAAAUUGUUCGAGGCUUGGCCAGUAGUUUGAAGGAAGCUGCUUUUGGAAAAAAGACGGGAGAUGGAAAGAAAUAG